CAGAUGUAUACGUCAUCUUCACGCGACUCCUGUUUUCAAAAAGGCUGAUUUUAAACCCGCAUCACCGGCCGACUGGAUUUAAAACAAUGUUUGUCCAAAAACUGAGAUGAGCUGGUGCGUUCUGGACGAGGAGGAGUUCCACCGGUGCUGUCGGCUCCUCUUGCAGCAGUCGGAGCGGCUGAGAGACGGCUGGAGCUGGGAAGUGGUCCAGGGCUCAGAAGGCUACCUGAAGAAGACCGCUCUGAGGACAGCCCCGGCACCAGAGAGACAGGAGGAGCUAGGCUCACACACCUGGACCCCCGGCCUGAGCUCUCCACAAGAGGAGCAGCCGGUCUGCGCUGCCUCACCUGAUGCCAGCAGCUCCUCAGGUGAGCCGGAGGAUGAAGAAGACAGCAGCUGCUGUGUGUCUGAGCUCAGCAGCAGCAGCAGCAGCUCGGUGCUUCAGUUUGAGUAUCACGUCCUGUACUCCUGCAGCUACGCUGCUCCUGUGCUGUACUUCAGAGCCUUCACUCUGGAGGGGAGGAGCCUGACGUUAGAAGAGGCGUGGCGCUGCGUCCACCCGAGCUUCAGGCUCCGCCUCCAGAGCUGUCCUCUGAAUGCAAUAAGUCAGCAGGAGCAUCCUCUGCUGGGUCAGCCGUUCUUCUUCCUCCACCCCUGUAGAACAGAGGACUUCAUGAGGCCUGUGCUGCGGGCGGCUCAGGACCAGCACAGGCCAGUGAACUACGUGCUGUCGUGGCUCAGUGUUGUGGGUCCUGUGGUGGGUCUGGACGUGUCUCUGCAGUACUGCCUGGAGAUCCAGCCUGAAACCAGCCUGAAGCUGGACCUGCUCUGCUGAAAACCCCUGCAGCUCUGUGUUCUCUUAUUUAUUUAGUUUUAUUAGAAUAAAUCAGUUUGUGUGAAUAAAUAACAGAAUAAAUCUCUCUGUAGAAACAAAUUAAGAUAAAAAGGGAUGAUUGGAUUUUGUAUAAUUCUUUAUUUGUAUGAAACUGUUUUGUGUUUAUGUUGACAUUUUUUUAAUAAAUCAUUUUUAUACACUG